UCAUGUCAUCUUUGCACGUGACGUUGUUUAAACGGUGCACAGCGUUCGGUAUAAAUAAAAAUAACUCUAAUGAUCAUUGCAUGUCUUUUUUAAAUAAUGUCUAGGGAGCUACUUUCAAACGGAGUAGCAAAGUAAUCGCGAACUGCUAGGCUGACUUGCAUAAGGAUUUCAAAAUGGAAGAAGAGAAGUCAGGGGUCCCCCAGUGGCCUCGGGUUUCAAAGUUCAUCUUGUCAGCAUGUGCAGCUACUGUUGCUGAAAUGGUGACAUUCCCCUUGGACCUGACCAAGACCAGGCUUCAGAUCCAGGGUGAAGCGGCCCUCAGACAGCAUGGCUCUCAGACGGCCUACAGAGGGAUGCUGGGCACUGCCCUGGGGAUUGUACGUGAGGAGGGUCCCCUUAAACUGUGGCAGGGGGCCACACCAGCUGUGUACAGACAUAUAGUGUACUCAGGAGUGCGGAUGGUGGCCUAUGAGCAGCUCCGAGAUGUCCUUGGCAGGUCUAAAGAUGAUCGCUUCCCCCUCUGGAAAGCAGCGAUCGGGGGCAUGCUGGCUGGGGCUGUGGGUCAGUUCAUGGCCAGCCCCACCGACCUGGUCAAGGUGCAGAUGCAGAUGGAGGGGAGACGGAGGCUGGAGGGCAAGCCACCCCGGGUUCAUGGAGUGUACCAUGCUUUCCUGAAGAUUGUCUCUGAGGGGGGGAUCCGGGCGCUGUGGGCAGGGUGGGUCCCCAACGUACAGAGGGCUGCUCUGGUCAAUCUAGGAGAUCUCACAACAUAUGAUACUGUCAAGCACUUUCUACUGAGAAAUACCUCGCUACAAGACACCAGCCUUUGCCAUGGGUUAGCAAGCACAUGUUCUGGUCUGGUUGCUGCUACCAUGGGAACACCAGCAGAUGUCAUCAAAACCAGAAUAAUGAACCAGCCCAGAGGUCCAAAUGGCAGGGGCAUAUUGUAUAAGUCUUCCAUUGACUGCCUGAUCCAAUCUGUCAAGGGGGAAGGGUUCAUAUCCCUGUACAAAGGCUUUCUCCCUACUUGGAUGAGAAUGGCUCCCUGGUCCAUGACGUUUUGGCUCUCAUUCGAACAAAUACGAAAGACAAUGGGCAUCAGCUCGUUCUGAAACCUGGACUGUCAGUCAGACAGACAGGUUGCCUAGUGGUUAAGAGUGUUGGGCCUGUAACUGAAAAGUCGCUGGUUCGAAUCCCU